UCGGCAGUUCGCGGAAUCUCUCCAUUUUGAUUGACACAGGCUCCCCAGACUUAAUUUUAAAUGCCGGAGUCUACAAUCCCAGCGACUUGGCAAUAGACACUCAUCAUGAAUUUUCAAUGUCAUUUGGUACCGUUGAGGCCGAUGGAUCUGGGGAAGAAGUGGUGAAUGGAACCGUUCAUCAAGACACCGUAUCGCUUGAUGGUACUGAACUGUCGGUUUCUUCUCAAUCCCUCGGUGCUAUUACAAUGACUUCCCCUCCGGGGCCAGCGUUCCCCCAUGAUGGCUUGAUGGGAUUUUUCGUUCCGGGAAGUUCAUUUGGCGAGAGCACAAAUAACUGGUUCACCAACCUGUGUUCUCAACCGCACGCUCUUGAUGAGUGUCGCUUUGGACUGGCCCUUGAAUUAUUCACUAACAAUAUGAAUAAACAUGACGGUGCCUUGUACCUGGGUGGAGCCGAGCACUCUCGAUUUCUUGGAGAGCUUAGCGUGACUGAAAAACACGAGCGGUUCGUUUUUGGAGAUGUGAUAUUUGAUAAUCAAACCAUUCAUAGCAAUGCUGAGAUUAUGGUUGAUAGUGGGACGACGGUGAUAUGGGGGCCAAUCAAAUAUGUACAAGAACUGUUUGACAAAGCUGGCAUGCAGUCGGUCCUGCGACAGUCCAACAAUACCGGUUCUCUCGUCAGGACUCUUGAUGGAUUCUACUCAUGUGACCACCCCCCAUCAUUUGGCUUCCAAUUUCCAUCUCUUGCGAACGCCACCACCGCCAGAUUGAGAAAGUCGACAGUUGUAAGCCAUCAAAGUAGGGUUUUUCAAAUUUACUACUCGGCCCUGGCCGAGAACUCAUCCGAAGAUGGAGGGAACUGCAGGGCUUCUAUUCAUGGGACAGAUAGCUUUGGUGAUUCAUGGAUAGUGGGUCAGCGCUUUUUCCGCGGGAGGUAUAUCGACCACAACGUCGAAGAAAAUACAAUGGGCUUUGCGGACUUACAGGAAAUUAAGAAGUUGAUCUAA